CGUAGUUCAGAAAACCGGCAAAAUCCAGUCUGCAUUUGUUUCAUGUUGUGUUGCAAUCAGUGUAUUUCGUUAGCGAUAAAACAAAAUCAGCAAAUGUUGGCGUUUCAUGCAGUACCCGUUUCGAUGUAUAUUAGCAUACUGAACCAACGAGUGUAGUAUCUGUUACAUGCUGGUACAAUUUGAGUGAAAAUCCAAUUCCUGGCAAACUAUCGGCGGUGCAGUGUCAACGUACAAAUAGCCAACCGAUUGAUCGCUUCGGACGAUUGAACAGAAGAGCGGACAGCCAGCGGUGCAGGAAAAAAAUCAAGAAGAAACAAUCAGAAAGUGUGUCAAAUUUUCGCAACCGCAUCGAUCGAAUACAUCAAGUGCCAGUCAUUCCUUCAGUGCCGUUGAGUUACAACCGUUUCGCUCGCACCGUCCGUCCAAGGAAACGAAGAGAUCUUGAUCUUGGACCGAGCACUGAGCGACCGUCGUCCUCGUCGUCGCCGUAGUCGUCGCGUGUAAUGACGGAAAAUCUGCUGCCAAAGGAACACAACAACGCACUGCUUGAUUGUUUGGAUUGAGUGGUGUGUCGGAACGGAAGAGAUAAAGAUUCAGUGUUUCUAUCGUGUUUCGAGACGCAGCAGAAUUUGCUCCAUAGCUGUGAAAUAUUAGUAAACAAAAGUUCCCCUUUCGGUGUGGAAGGUGCCUCAUUUGGGUAUCGAAGGCGUUCCAAAAUUAAAAUUCAAUCGUUUCAGUGCGUCAGCGGAAAAGUUUCGAAGGCUAGUGGUGGAAAGUGAAAUAAGUAGUACCUAAAUUGAAGAACGCUGAAGCAUUUGCAGUCUAGUUCUAGUAGUGGCACAUUUCGGUUGCUUGUUGACUGGCCAGCGCAGCGGCGGGCACUUGAAUGCAGUGUGCUUUCCCUUCCGGUGGCUUUUCUGAGUCAAGGUCAAAAGACGAAUUGUGCGAGUGUAGUAGCUCUUCAGUUGAUACAGCAAAUUGUACCGAUACAGUCGAUAACACUUCCAGACUGGCAGCAGAACGAAGACGGUUGGUUCGAGUAAACGAAGCGGAAACAUCGCCCGUCACACGACACUCCUGAGAUGCAUAGAUUUGAUUCCAGUUUUCUAUUUCCUAUAAGUGCAAAUUAAAGUUUCUACCACGUUAGUUCGUAGAGUGAAGUAAAUGUAUUAAUAAAGUGCUAUAGUGUUUUUGUUUUGUCUGCUUCUCACGAUAUCCAUAUUCCAAAUAGUGUUAGUGUUUAAAUGAAGAUUAAUUAAUGUUUACCUCCGUAAACAUAAUUUGAACUCGGAAGUAGGAAAAAAACAUCAACGUCAACCCCAUCUGUGCGUGAGCCGUCUGUAUCCCGGUGUAGGAGUGUCUUCUGUGCUACGGGAGCGGUCUUCGUAGACUACCGACAAGAUGCCGGAACGCUUCAAGGUGACCAAAUCGGACACCACCCUUUCGGCGCGCGAUGAGGAGGCGGCUGUUACUGGAAAACUACUAUCCUCCAACGAGAAGCAAGGCGAACCCACCGAUGAUCAGCCUUUCGUGUCGAAAAAUGAAAAACUGGACACCAACCUGUACCUAUACUCGGAUGAAAUCCAAGAACGUCCACAAAUCACAACACUCAUCUCGUCCCUGGCAAACUACUCGAAUACGAUCCCCGCGCCGACGGAUCCAGAUGCAAAACCAGCACCUGCCUCUGCCCGCAUGGGCACACUCAUCGGUGUCUAUCUGCCGUGUAUACAGAAUAUUUUCGGUGUAAUUUUAUUCAUUCGUUUAACAUGGGUCGUCGGAACGGCCGGAGCUAUUUAUGGGUUUUUAAUUGUGUUAUGUUGUUGUUGCGUGACUAUGUUGACUGCCAUUUCGAUGUCUGCGAUUGCCACGAACGGGGUGGUACCUGCGGGCGGGAGCUAUUUCAUGAUAUCAAGAUCGCUCGGGCCCGAAUUCGGCGGUGCAGUCGGGAUGUUGUUCUACACCGGGACAACGCUCGCGGCUGCCAUGUACAUCGUCGGUGCGGUUGAAAUCGUACUGACGUACAUGGCACCCUGGCUGUCGAUAUUCGGCGAUUUCACUAAAGACGCUUCUGCGAUGUACAACAACUUUCGUGUGUACGGCACCGGUCUGCUAUGCGUUAUGGGUCUGAUCGUGUACGUGGGCGUAAAAUUCGUGAACAAAUUCGCAACCGUCGCCCUGGCCUGUGUCAUAUUCUCCAUCAUUGCGGUUUACGCCGGUAUCAUCAACAACGUCGAUGGAAACGAUAAGCUAUUCAUGUGCGUACUCGGAAAACGUCUACUGAAGGAUAUUGCCGUUGACAAUUGCACCAAGGAGGCGGGCGGACCACUCUACAAUGUAUUCUGCGAAAACGGCGAAUGUGACCCCUACUUCCUCCAGCAAAACGUUUCACUCGUGCGAGGCAUCAAGGGACUUAAAAGUGGUGUGUUUUUCGAAAAUCUGUUUCCGUCGUUUUUACAAGAAGGGCAGUACAUCUCUUACGGUUUGGACCCGGAACACAUCGAGCCAAUGGACAGACCAACGUACAAUCAAGUUUACGCCGAUCUUACCACCGCAUUUACGAUAUUGAUCGGUAUCUUCUUCCCCUCGGUAACAGGUAUCAUGGCGGGCUCUAACCGAUCCGGUGAUUUGGCGGACGCACAAAAGAGUAUUCCGAUCGGUACCAUCGGUGCCAUCCUGACCACAUCGACCGUAUAUCUGUCCUGUGUGAUCCUGUUCGCUGGAACGGUUGACAAUUUGCUGCUACGAGACAAAUUCGGACAGUCGAUAGGAGGCAAACUGGUCGUCGCAAACAUGGCCUGGCCGAACCAAUGGGUCAUCCUGAUUGGGUCCUUUCUUUCGACGCUGGGCGCUGGACUGCAGAGCUUAACCGGUGCCCCGAGGUUGCUGCAGGCCAUCGCCAAGGAUGGCAUCAUCCCCUUUCUCGAACCGUUUGCUGUGUCGUCGAAGCGUGGUGAACCGACGCGUGCCCUUGUUCUGACACUGCUAAUCUGCCAAAGUGGCAUCCUGUUGGGAAACGUCGAUCUGCUCGCCCCGCUGCUGUCCAUGUUCUUCCUGAUGUGCUACGGUUUUGUCAAUCUCGCUUGUGCCGUUCAAACUCUUCUGCGGACACCGAACUGGCGACCGCGUUUUAAGUUCUACCACUGGUCUCUGUCGCUCAUUGGACUAACGCUGUGCUUGUCGAUUAUGUUCAUGACAUCUUGGUAUUUCGCACUGAUUGCGAUGGGUCUGGCUGUGCUGGUCUACAAAUACAUCGAGUACCGAGGAGCCGAAAAGGAAUGGGGUGACGGAAUCCGUGGUAUCGCACUGUCGGCCGCCCGCUACUCGCUGCUUCGCCUUGAGGAGGGACCACCGCACACCAAGAACUGGCGACCGCAGAUCCUGAUGCUGGCCAAGCUGAACGAGGACUUCACGCCAAAGUAUCGCAAACUGUUUUCGCUAACGUCACAACUGAAGGCCGGCAAAGGUUUGGUAGUGGUUGUAUCGCUUGUGCCGGGCGAUUUCACCAGACGUUCCGGUGAAGCCGCUGCCGCCAAGCAAAGCCUCCGCAAAAUCAUGGAGGAAGAGCGGCUGAAAGGAUUUUGCGAUGUUAUGGUCGCCAACGAUGUCGCCGAAGGACUGUCUCAUGCUGUUCAAACAAUCGGUCUUGGCGGUAUGAAACCGAACACUGUGAUCCUGGGUUGGCCGUACGGUUGGCGUCAGAGUGAAGAUGACCGAACUUGGCACGUAUUCCUGCAGACUGUUCGCAAUGUUAGCGCUGCCCGAAUGGCUCUGCUGGUGCCAAAAGGAAUUAACUUCUUCCCAGCGUCAGGGGAUAAGAUUGCCGGCAACAUUGACAUCUGGUGGAUUGUGCACGAUGGCGGCCUGCUGAUGUUGCUGCCAUUUUUGUUAAAACAACAUCGCUCCUGGAAAAACUGCAAGAUGCGAAUCUUCACUGUCGCACAGAUGGAAGACAACUCGAUCCAGAUCAAAAAAGACCUGAAGAUGUUCCUGUACCAUCUGCGAAUCGAGGCCGAAGUGGAAGUCGUUGAAAUGAUGAAUAGCGAUAUCUCGGCGUACACCUACGAGCGCACCCUGAUGAUGGAACAACGCAACCAGAUGCUCCGGAAGCUGCGACUCAACAAGCGUGAGAAGGAGAAUGUUGUACAAGCAAUCGUCGACCAUCAUCAUCACAUCGAAAGCAACGCCAAGACGGCAUCCAAGGUUCGGUUCGCUGAUCCGGACGAGAACAAGGACAUCUUCAACGACGAAGAGCGCGAGGAAAAGAAUGAGACUGAAACCGAAAAGGAUAAGGACACCAAGGAGAGUGAAAACGAUAAAGAGUCGGCCAAUGAGAACUCUUCCGAGCAGAAGGAAACGACACCGCAGCUUGGUAACAACGUAGCCUCUCCCGGCAAAGACGGCAAGAAAAAUGCUGGAGAAGAUACACCCAAAUCACCCAGUAAAGCUAAUUUCAAACCCGAUGAAGGUAACGUGAGACGAAUGCACACGGCUGUGAAGCUCAACGAGGUUAUAGUCAACAAAUCGCACGAGGCUCAGCUGGUCAUACUGAACCUGCCCGGCCCACCGAAGGAGACCCGCAUCGAGCGGGAAAGCAAUUACAUGGAAUUCCUGGAGGUGCUAACCGAAGGCCUGGAACGAGUACUGAUGGUUCGAGGUGGUGGACGGGAAGUCAUCACCAUUUACUCAUAAAAGCCUCCCUGUUGCCAUCCUAACCUGCUCCCGAAGCGCCGUGAAGUGAUUCGGAGGGCCAACCCGUCGUGCGCUGUGACUGGCCAAAACAGUCCGGCAGUAUGGUAUCAAUUACGCUUCUACAUCAUCGUCGUCGUCGUCGCUGCCGACGCCGUCGUCGUCGUCGUUACACUACAAUACAACAUACAUAUACAAAACACACAUAAAUCUACACAACAGACACAGUCUUUCGCGAAUGCAAACACUUAACCGCGUAGUCUACAUACAUAAGCAGUAUGGAAACAUUUUUCUACACUCGAAAAUGCAAGAAAAAAAAAUAAUAACAAAAAACCAGUUUAGAAAACCAAAAAACAAAAAGCUAGUAAUUUUAGUCAAACUGUAAAGUCUACUAGCAUUAGGUUAUCGAAAAAAGUACACUUUAAUAAUACAGAAUUUAAUGAGUAUCGGAUAAGAAACUAUAGAGAAAAAAACUUUCAAAAGUGUACGUACGUAUCGCGAAUUAGCGUUUUGAGAGCUGUGGAACAGUCAACAUACCAAAAUAGUAGAAAUUAGGAGAUGAAAACUUUAUCCACAUUGUUGGUGCGAAUCAAAUUGAUAUACUACUUCUAAGGAUGAACAAAAUGCAAAUAAAAAUAAUAAUUCUUUAAUCGCGAAAGAAAAAGAGGAAGAAGAAGCAAAAGAAAGAAAAAGAUUAUGUGUUCUUCUUUUAUAAAAUUGUUUAGUCCAAUUGUUAGAAGAAUUAAACAGAAUUGUACCUUCAACUGGGCGACACUUACAUAUACUCACACACUCUCACACCGGAAAUUUCGUAAUCGUAAUAAAUUGUCUUUGGAAUACAUACCGACAAGCAAAACAGAGAGAAAAAAAACAUGUGCCGCGCGGUUCAUACACACCAGACUUUGAGGACGAAUAGAGGAAAUCAACAACAAUUAGGUAUUUUGUUCUGAAGCACGAGAAUCAAAGCGACAGUAAAACCCCCGACCGACGACUGGAAAGUAGUAAAUGUAGUGCAUAUGAUUUUUUUCUUUUUUUAAAAAUUCGUUACCGAGGAAGUACUAUGUAUUAGCUCUGCCUUUCAAACGCGGUUUUCACGCUACAAUAGGAAAUUUGUUUAAAAAAAAGGAACUUUGGUGUGUACAGUGUCGUUUCGGUUUAUCACCGUCGCAUGAGAAUUUUCGCGUGAUUUAUUUGAGACCCAUAGAACUUAAUAUUCACGUACUUCGACGAGCACGGUUUCAAUGUUGAAUUCUAGAGGUUUUAAACUCACUGCAUUCAAAAUUAAAUACGGUACAACGACAUUGUACUUUUAUUUGUGUAGGUAAUCCCGAUCGGACGUAUUCACGAUUGAACCAAGAUGCGAGAAGUAUUAGUUUACAAAAAACACAAUUCUGCUACCAACUAUAUUAUAAUUAAUUAGCUGAAGCUGGUUUAGUGAUAGAUCAGCCGAACUGUACUGUUUCCGUUUUGCUGAUUUUUACGCUAACAGAUUAUAUUGGUUGAGACAGGCAGCUGUCCUCUGCGUCAUUUAGAGUAUGUAAUUUGUUUUAGUUUUAUAUUCUGUUAAAGUUUAUAUAGUCUCGCAUAGUUUAAGUGACGAAAUGAAGA